AUGCUUGACUUUAACUCCACUGCGUUUGCAAGUCCCAGUACCUUCAUCCUGAUGGGCAUACCUGGUCUAGAAGACAUGCAUAUUUGGAUAUCUAUCCCUUUCUUCUCAAUGUAUAUUGCUGCCCUCGUGGGAAACGUACUCAUUCUUUUUAUCACUAAAACUGAGGCUGUUCUCCAUGAACCAAUGUUCUAUUUUCUUUCUAUGUUGGCUAUCACAGACCUCAUCUUGUCAACCUCCAUUCUUCCGAAGAUGUUGGGUAUAUUCUGGUUCAAGUAUCAUGAAAUCAACUUCCAUGGCUGCCUCACUCAGAUGUUUUUUAUCCAUGCUUUCUCUGGGGUAGAGUCAGGGCUUCUUGUGGCCAUGGCCCUUGACCGAUAUGUGGCAAUCUGCAAUCCUCUGAGACACUCAUCCAUUCUCACAAAUUCUGUGGUGACUCGGGUUGGUAUAGUGGCACUUCUACGUGGGUUAGUGCUAAUGACACCACAUCCAUUUCUGGUACGGAGGUGGCCGUAUUGCCGGACCAAUGUUGUCCCCCACACAUACUGUGAGCAUAUGGCUGUGGUAAAAUUGGCUUGUGCCGACAUUUCCAUCAAUAGUAUUUAUAGUUUGGCAGUCAUUAUCUUAAUUGUUGGGACUGAUGUGGCAUGCAUUUCUCUGUCUUAUAUACAGAUACUCUAUACUGUAUUCAAUCUUCCUUCUAAAGAUGCCAGGUUGAAGACCCUCAGCACUUGUGGGUCCCAUGUUUGUGUCAUCCUCACCUUCUAUAUCCCUGCUCUUUUCUCCUUCCUCACCCACCGUUUCAGUAAGCAUAUACCGCAGCACAUCCACAUUCUGUUGGCCAAUAUGUACUUGUUGGUACCGCCUAUGCUGAACCCUAUCAUUUACGGAGUAAAGACCAAACAGAUUCGAGAAAGUAUUGUACGAUUAUUCGUAACUAAAAUCAACUGA